AAGAGAAAUAUAGAAACGGCCAUCGCCUUGAGCUCACUCCUACUAACUAUAACAAUAAUUCAAUCGUUUGCCAAUGUCAACUCCUUUCAUCUCCCGUCGCGUUGCAGUGAUCGGCGCCGGCGCUGCAGGCCUUGUUGCUGCACGUGAGCUCCACCGCGAGGGCCAGAAGGUAGUAGUCUUUGAAAGGCAAAUCCAAAUCGGCGGCAUCUGGGCCUACGAUCCCAGGGUUGAAUCAGACCCAUUGAGCCUCAAUCCGAACCGAACUGUAAUCCACUCGAGCGUUUACAGCUCCCUCCGCGUCGGCCUUCGAAGAGAACUGAUGGGUUUCAAAGACUGCCCGUUCAUACCCAAAGACGAUCAAACAAGAGACCCGAGAAGAUACCCAAGUCACAGGGAGGUGUUACUCUACUUGCAAGAUUUUGCGAGGGAGUUUAAGAUUGAGGAUAUGGUGAGGUUAGAGACUGAGGUGGUUUAUGUCGGGUUAGUAGAGGACAGUAACAAGUGGAAAGUGAGGUCUAAAAAGAAGAGAGCAAAUAGUGAUGGUACUUACUUUGAUUUUGAAGAUGAGACUUAUGAUGCUGUUGUUGUUUGCAAUGGCCAUUACACUGAACCUUGUGUUGCUCAAAUACCAGGCAUCAGUUCUUGGCCAGGGAAGCAAAUGCAUAGCCACAAUUACCGUGUUCCGGACCUCUUCCGAGAUCAAGUGGUAGUUUUGAUUGGGAGUUCAUUAAGUGCUGCUGAGAUAAGCAGGGAAAUCGCUGGGGUUGCCAAGGAGGUCCAUGUUGCUGCAAGAUCAGUUACAGAUGAAACAUAUGAACAGCGGACUGGAUAUGAUAAUAUGUGGUUUCAUUCUAUGAUUGAAAGAGUCCAUGAUGAUGGUUCUGUGGUCUUCAGAAAUGGGAGGGUUGUUGUAGCUGACAUAAUUCUACAGUGCACGGGGUACAAGUAUCACUUCCCUUUUCUUGAAACCAAUGGCAUUGUGACUGUGGAUGAUAAUCGUGUGGGACCGUUAUACAAGCAUGUUUUCCCACCAUCUUUGGCCCCAUUUCUUUCCUUUGUUGGGAUACCACGGAAGAUUUUCCCUUUCGCAAUGUUUGAACUUCAAAGCAAGUGGAUUGCUGGUGUGUUAUCGGGUAGGAUUGAUCUUCCGUCAAAAGAGGAGAUGAUGGAAGAUGUUGAAGCCUUCUACCUGCAACUUGAAGCUUCAAACGUUCCAAAAAGUUACACUCAUAACAUGGGUGAUUCUGGGCUUGAGUUGAGCAACUGGCUUGGAGCUCUAUGCGGGUGUGAAGGGUUUGAAGAAUGGAGAAUGCGAAUGUUUUAUGCAAGUACCUUCCUCAAGCGCCUUCGACCAUAUACUUAUCGUGAUGAAGGGGAAGAUGAUGACCACCUAAUCUUGGAAGCCAAUCAAGACUUCAUUAAAGACACCUCGAAAACAAUUUAGUAACAGUCAUCUGAUGGUAACUUGAGUUUAUGGUACAACCUAUUACAUUCGGUUGGCUCGCAUAUAGAGCUUCCUAAUAAAGCUCUAUUUGGUUAUCAAAAAGUUGGUUGUUCAUAUAUGAGCUUACUAAUUAAGCUUUAACGAGGAAGGUGAAAAGUUGGUUGAUGAUAUGUGUGCCCAACCAUAUUCAAGCAUUUGUUGCCAAAAACACUUAAUAUGUACAAGCAGUAAUUGCUUCUCUGUACAAUAUGUAACAAUAUGUGGAGUGUAGAGUGUGUCCUUUACAAGAAAGCCUUUGGGAUGUGAGUAUUUGGGUUUCAAGGAGUGAGUAGAU